AUGCAAGACUCGGAAAGAUGCAGCGCCGUUGAGGCAACCUCAUCGAAUAAGAAGGACUUGGAAGAAGCUGAAGAUAGCCUCAACAGCCGAAAAAGAAGAUCUUCUGAAUGUGACACUGCGCAUGCGGAGCAGCCGCCAUCUCCUCGGCACGGUGGCCGAGUACGCCAGAAAAUCACUCGGGCUUGUGAUUCAUGCAAAUCAAAGAAGACCAAAUGUACAGGUACCCUGCCAGGGCUGCCUCCUGAACCAAUUGCUGCCACGCCGGAUUCCACGAACCAAGGAUCAGCGGGUGCUAGACUGUCCACUUCAAUGACCCGCGCGCCUGGAGCAUUGAGCACCAAGGUAAUCGCAAAGGAGACACCAACGAGAAGUUUGCCUGAUGGUUCUCAAAUUGAACGUAACGAUACCCGAGGGGAAUCAAUGCGAAACUCUCCCGAGCUGGGGUCGACGGACUUUGAGGGGAACUAUAUUGGACCUUCAUCAGGAAUCUCCUUCAUCAAGCGCGUGUGGGAGAGACUUCAUCAGGAUGAAACAACGCAGAUCCCAUACGAGUGCCGCGAGGACAACAAUUUGGUUACGACCCCGUUUACGAUGGGAGAUAGGCCAUAUCCAGGGCACUCCGAGACGACUUUUCGUCUUCCUCUUUAUACCGUCGCCAUGGAGCUAUUAAAAGUGUACUUUGACUUUUCAAUGGUAACUUAUCGAUUUCUACACUACCAAUCUGUUCAGCAAUGGAUCAAACAAAUAUACGAGAACCAAAUAUCCGCCUCCAACUUGCCGGUGGCCGUCAUGACGACUCGGACAGCCAUCGUCCUGAUGAUUUUUGCCGUGAGUAACCUUCACACAGAAUCAUCGCCAUCGGGUGAACCAUGUCAAAGCGAGCGCUGGUUUUCCGCAGCCAAAUACUUUAUGACUCUUGAAUUGGGGCCGCCCUGUCUCGAGACAAUACAAGUUCGCUUUGGGACUACACCGAAAAUUCCCGGCAAGCGAGUGAGGAAUACCGAAUCACCUCUUGUAAUGGAAAUGCGAAAACGUGUUUUCUGGAGUGUUUACACGUUGGACAAAUACCUCAGCAUCAUGUUUGGGCGGCCCAGGUUACUUCACGAUGAGGAGAUUGAUCAAGAGCUACCCUGCGCGAUGGGUGUACUGGAAGAGAGCCCACCUGGAACCACGGGUGACAUGAUGGUCGCAUCUGUUCUACAUUUUCGACUCGGCCGAGUUUUGGGAGAAAUAUCACGACAACUUUAUAGUAUUAGACCUGAGUCACGAGACGGUUUGCUCAGGAAAAUUCCUCGUCUUACUUCCGAGUUAGAGCAAUGGCGAGACAGCGUGCCUUCACUUUACAAGAGCAAACCAUGCUCAAAUGCAACGACGCCUCUGUGCCGGCAAAGUCAAGUCUUACGACUCGCCUACGACCAUGCAAUGAUUCACGUCACCCGUUCUUUUCUUCUCAUUGACAUCUUCGACUCGAAUCAAUCCAGGAAGUCUUGUCUCAUAAUUGAGGAUCACGUCGAGAAAUGCAUGAGCGCGGCAGAAGACGUCAUGCACCUUGUGAGCGACCUCGCACAGCAAAGAGUCUUCAUUCAAUCAUUCUGGUUCACCCACUACGUUACUUUCUGCGCCAUUUUGGUUGUUUACAUAUACAUCAUUCAGCGCCAUCGCAAAUUUGAAAACGCAACCGCGCCGAGUACAGCGGGAAAGGAUACUGAAACCGAAAAGUUGCGCUCAUUAUCUAUCCUGGCUGAAUCAUCUCAGCACUAUCUGGCCAAGGCUACCAGCAGAAAUUGCCCGAGCAGGAGGUAUAGUGCCAUUCUUUCGGAACUGCGGAAAGAGGUUCAGCGAACCCUUGAUCCAGAUGGGCAGAUUGAAGACGGUUCAAUGCCAUACGGCAGUGGUGACCGGCCACAUGUUGACACACUUCUCGAGAGGGGUUUAUCCGCCCACGAAUCUUGCCAUGGUCAAGUGCGAAACCGCAAAAGCGAAGAAACCUUGCAUCAAUCCGCGGCUAACUUUAGCUCAACCUCCGAUAUCAAUCAUGGUACUACUCUUUUGGAAGAGCUUGAGAGCUCAACGUGGUGGUCACAGAUAGAUUCAUGGGCAUUGUCAAAUUUCCAGGAUGAUCUUUCUCUUUUCGAUCUCUGA